AUGGCUGCCCUCGCCAACGCUGCUGUUGCUCCGUCCACCUUCGUCGGCCAGAGCGCUGAGCUCGCCGCCAAGGUCAACAAUGUGGAGGCUCGCAUCUCCAUGAGGAAGACGGCCAAGGCCGCCCCCGCCAGCUCCUUCUACGGCCCCGACCGCCCCCAGUUCCUGGGCCCCUUCUCCUCCCCCCCGUCGUACCUCAACGGCGAGUAUGCCGGUGACUACGGGUGGGAUACCGCCGGCCUGUCCGCCGACCCCGAGACGUUCGCCAGGAACCGCGAGCUGGAGGUGAUCCACGCCCGCUGGGCUCUUCUCGGUGCCCUUGGCUGCCUCACCCCGGAGCUCCUGGCCGGCAACGGCGUUGAGUUCGGCGAGGCCGUGUGGUUCAAGGCCGGUGCCCAGAUCUUCUCCGAGGGCGGCCUUGACUACCUCGGCAACCCCGGCCUGAUCCACGCCCAGUCCAUCCUUGCCAUCUGGGCCACCCAGGUCAUCCUGAUGGGCGCCGUUGAGAGCUACCGCGUGGGUGGCCUCGAGGGCUUCCAGGAGGUUGAGGACCCCCUGUACCCCGGCGGUGCGUUCGACCCCCUGGGUCUGGCUGACGACCCCGACGCUCUUGCGGAGCUGAAGGUGAAGGAGCUGAAGAACGGCCGCCUCGCCAUGGUGUCGAUGUUCGGAUUCUUCGUCCAGGCCAUCGUGACCGGCAAGGGUCCCCUUGAGAACCUUUACAAUCGCACCGAUGCUUCCCCUCCUCGUCGCGUCGAUCCGCAUCUCUCUGCGCCCUCCGCCGCCUCUGCCGCCUCCGGCUGCGUCGGCGAGCUCACGGACUCUCGCAUGUCGCACAACGGCGUCGCACAGCGCAAUGCAGUCGCACAGCGAUUCGCCUCCACGUCUGACGCGCGAGUGGAGUCGCUAGCAGCCGAGGCGCUGUACCUCGCACAGACGGCCGCGCUCGUCGCGAAAGAGGCAGCGCAGCUCGCGACUAUAGAGAGGGCCAUGCUGCGGCAGGUGACUACAACGAAGGAUUCCUCUAAGACGCCGGUCGAGAGCAGCUGGCGUGAUUGUAUCGAGGUGGGGGAGGAGCUGGGGCAGGAGGAGUUACGAAGCGUGUGGAUGGCUGCAGGCGCUCCGGUUCCUCUCCUGACUCCGCUGGAAGCUUCCAGGAACACGCAGCUUGAUAGCGACGCUAGGAGGUUUCUUCCGGCUCGCAGCGCGUUGAUCGGCGACCUGACUAAUGCCGACUUGCUACGAGAGGCAGGUGGUUUCUGGUGGGAGGGGGAAGAAGGGGCGGCGAGUCCACGUGGCAGCACCAGAUUGGUCCGUUCAGCGUCUGUAGCUUCAGAGAGGACGAGCAGCGCAAUGCUGACCCACGAUUGGUCGUUGGCGUCCCAUGGAUCGUCGCCGAGACAGGGUGGCGACUGCAGUCCGUCGCAGAACGACGCGUCGGUGUCUGCUCUUAGCGAAGGUGACUUAAGCGAGAGGGAUGCCAGCGGUGACAGCAGCGAUGGUGAUAGUACCGAGGCAACAGGUCAACCUAAACCGCGUAGUGUACGCACCUUAGUUAAGUCCAGGCGGAAAGGGGUGCGCAUGGAGCAGAGAGAGAAGGCGCGAUUAAAGAGGUAUGCCAACCGGUCCUCCCUCCCCAACUCGUCCUUAGACUCCCUCCUCCUACUCACUCCCGCCCGUUCCGCUGCGAAACCCGCGAAACGAUCAGCCAAAGCCCUGGCGAAAGAGUUACCAGAAGCCGGCGAAGAGAAGGACCUGACCCUGGAGGAGUUUCGCCGAGUGUCGAACGACCCGAUCUUCGCCAUGUUCGAAUCCGCGGGGGGUAACUCGCGUCUCCUCACAGCCGCGGAGGAAAUAGAAUACUCCAAAGGCGUCCACGAGCUCCUGAAGCUCGAGCGAGCGCGAGACGCGGCGGAGAAGGCGCAGGGGCGCGCGGUGACGAUGGAGGAGUGGGCGGGGGCGGCGGGGUUGUCGGUGGCGGAGCUGCGGCGGCGGGAGGCGCGCGGGCGCGAGUGCAAGAAGGCGAUGAUGGCGAGCAACAUGCGGCUGGUGAUCAGCGUCGCGAAGAAAUACUGCCGCGGGGGAGUCGGGCUCCAGGAACUCAUCACGGAGGGGUGCAUGGGGCUGAUGAAGGGCAUAGAGCGCUUCGACCACAAGCGGGGCUUUAAGUUCUCCACGUACGCGCACUGGUGGAUCCGCCAGGCCAUCACGCGCUCCGUCGGCGAGCAGACCCGUACCGUGCGCCUCCCGGCGCACAUCUACGAGCUGCUAUCGCGCAUUGCCAAGGCGCGUGACCUGCUGUGGGAGCAGCUUGGGCGGCUGCCGUCCGACAGCGAGCUGGCAGGCCUCGUGGGGCUCACCCCCGCCAAGCUAAGAGCGGCCGUGCGCAACGUGCGCGCGCCCUGCUCCAUGGACCGACCGAUUUCUUCCGAGGGCGAGGACACACUCGGGUCAUUUGUGGAGGACUUAACACUGGAGUGUCCAGAGGAGCGCAUGAUGCAGCAGCUGCUGAAGCGAGACUUACAGCAGGUGCUCGGCACACUCACGCCCCGGGAGAGGGAGGUGAUGUGGCACCGCUACGGGCUGGACGACGGGCGCGCCAAGACCCUGGAGGAGCUGGGAGUGAUGUUCCGGGUGACGAGAGAGAGGAUUCGGCAGAUUGAGUCCAAGGCGCUGUUGAAGCUGAGGCAGCCUGAGAGAGGAGGGGGACUGAAGGGGUAUGUGGAUGGGUUGGCUACAGAAAUGGCUGCCCUCGCCAACGCCGCUGUUGCUCCCUCCACCUUCGUCGGCCAGAGCGCUGAGCUCGCCGCCAAGGUCAACAAUGUGGAGGCUCGCGUCUCCAUGAGGAAGACGGCCAAGGCCGCCCCCGCCAGCUCCUUCUACGGCCCUGACCGCCCCCAGUUCCUGGGCCCCUUCUCCUCCCCCCCGUCGUACCUCAACGGCGAGUAUGCCGGUGACUACGGGUGGGACACCGCCGGCCUGUCCGCCGACCCCGAGACUUUCGCCAGGAACCGCGAGCUGGAGGUGAUCCACGCCCGCUGGGCUCUUCUCGGCGCCCUGGGCUGCCUGACCCCUGAGCUCCUGGCCAACAACGGCGUCGAGUUCGGCGAGGCCGUGUGGUUCAAGGCCGGUGCCCAGAUCUUCUCCGAGGGCGGCCUUGACUACCUCGGCAACCCCGGCCUGAUCCACGCCCAGUCCAUCCUUGCCAUCUGGGCCACCCAGGUCAUCCUGAUGGGCGCCGUUGAGAGCUACCGCGUGGGUGGCCUCGAGGGCUUCCAGGAGGUUGAGGACCCCCUGUACCCCGGCGGUGCGUUCGACCCCCUGGGUCUGGCUGACGACCCCGACGCUCUCGCCGAGCUGAAGGUGAAGGAGCUGAAGAACGGCCGCCUCGCCAUGGUGUCGAUGUUCGGAUUCUUCGUCCAGGCCAUCGUGACCGGCAAGGGUCCCCUUGAGAAUCUGUCCGACCACUUGGCUGACCCCACCGUGAACAACGCCUGGGCCUAUGCCACCAACUUCACCCCCGGCCAGUAA